GGGAAAGGUCCAACCUUAGGGCGUUUGUGCUGCGCCUUCCGGAGCGGUGCGCGUGCGCAUUGUGCUGGUCUCCAUGGCGGGGCCUCGGAGCCAAGACGAGAGAGCAUGCUACCGUGAAGACAUAGUCACAAUUUUCACAUGAACAAAGCUGGCACCAUUAUAAUUUAGUACCCAAAGGAAGACUGUCAAUGAACAUAAAAAGACAUUACUGAGGCUAAGAGGAUGUAGGAACCUGGACUUGAGCCACUGCCUAAAGGUAUGGUGAGGCCAGCAGAUGAAGAAACGAUUGCCACUGAAAAGAUAGCUCAUUACUCACAGUUCUCAAACAGAAUGGGGGAUGCUGUACCACAAAGAGCCACAUGACAACAGCAAGGAGAAAAUGAAACUGAGGAUGAAGGCAGCAUGGAACAGUGCCGCUCAGUAGGGGUCAGCUGUCGUGAUGAGGAGUCCAAAGGAGAAACUCAGGGACCUGAGCAUCUAACCUGUAUGGACUCUGGGGAUCCUUCCUUUGGACAAAAUGACUCCCCUACCAUAUUGCCCAUUACUGCUCCUGAAACAGACGAUUCGCUCACAUCACAGGACAUGCCAGAGACUCUGACUGACACACAGACCUUUCAUGCAGAGCAGUUUCACCUGUUGGACCCAAAUGGGCAACCUAUUCAAUAUGACCUGCAGUCGUUGGAAGAGUCUAGUGUACAAAUGACAGGAAUGGCGCAAGUGAUUAUACCUCAGGAGCCACUUGUGGGUGUGAAUAGUCCUCACGAUGCCUCUGAAGAUAAACCCACCAACAGAGGCUCUCCCCCUGUGACAGAAGAUACCCUAGAAGCCAGUGCCGGUUACAUUCUUCGUUCACAAACAUCCCUUGUGAUAACCAAGAAGCCAGGCACCAGAAUGCUUGAAGAACCUUUGCCGGCUCCCCUCCAGCCACUCUCUUCUAACACACCUAUGUGGGCCUGCCGUCUUAGGAGUUGUGAGAAAAUUGGAGAUUCCUACCGUGGCUACUGUGUUAGUGAGACUGAAUUAGAAAGUAUCCUAACUUUUCACAAGCAGCAAACACAGAGUGUCUGGGGCACUCGCCAGUCUCCAAGCCCAGCCAAACCUGCCACGCGCUUGAUGUGGAAGUCCCAGUAUGUCCCAUACGAUGGAAUCCCAUUUGUCAAUGCAGGUAGUCGAGCUGUGGUAAUGGAGUGUCAGUAUGGACCAAGGAGAAAAGGUUUCCAGUUAAAAAGAAUCAGUGAGCAAGAAAGUAGGCCCUGUCAUCUCUACAAAGCUACUUGUCCAGCCAGGAUUUACAUUAAAAAGGUACAGAAGUUCCCUGAAUAUAGAGUACCUACAGACCCCCAGAUUGACAGGAGGGUCAUCAGAAUGGAGCAAGAGAAAGCCUUUACCAUGCUAAAGAAGAACUUGGUAGAUGCUGGUGGAGUUCUUAGAUGGUAUGUGCAGUUACCUACACAGCAAGCUCACCAGUAUCAUGAAUUAGAGACUCGUGGCCACCCUCCGUCACCAUCUCCUUUUCGUAUGUCUUCUCUUGAAGAAGAGGAAGCUGUAGUCAGAGAUGAGAAUUGUGCGUUGCCCUCACGCCUCCACCCGCAAGUAGCGCAUAAGAUUCAGGAAUUAGUGUCACAGGGCGUAGGACAAGUGUAUGCAGUAAGGAAGCAGCUAAGGAAAUUUGUGGAAAGAGAACUGUUCAAACCUGAUGAGGUACCGGAAAGACAUAAUUUAUCCUUUUUUCCAACUGUAAAUGAUAUAAAAAAUCAUAUCCAUGAAGUACAGAAAUCCUUGAGGACUGGAGAUGUGGUCUAUAACUCAGAGACUAUUCCAGCAACGCUUCAGUGGACUACAGAUAGUGGUAAUAUUCUCAGAGAGACUGUAACAGUUACGUUUGCAGAAGGAAAUUCUCUGGGAGAACCAGUAACCAGCAAAGUAGGUGCGAGUCGGACACAGACUUCUUUGUCUCCAGAGCCAUUUCACUUGCUCUCCCCACUUUCUUCAUUUCAGCCCAAAAUCUUCUCACACUUACAGGGUCUGAAAAUGCAACCAAGACUCUCCCCUCCUGAUGGAUCCCAAGCUCUGGAAUCAGAAAACAGCCAUCUGUCCUCCAGUCCUUCAAGACUUGUGGAUACAGCAGGAAAUGCUGUAAUGAAUAGUCAUUCUCUACUGCAUGGUCAGAGUCACAAUCUUCCAGCAGAUACGUGCCAAAUGCAAAACAGCAGCACUGCUGCCCUGGGGAGUCUCCCAGAAUCAGUUCACAAUCUCGUUGUCAUGGAUCAGCUGGUGGAAGUUGAAGAUGUUGAGGAUACAGGGAGUCUGGAAGGAAGUGUAAAUAGGAUUCUGUUGGGAGAUGUGCAAACCAUUCCAAUACGCAUCAUAGACAGUCAUUCAACUCUUAUUGAAGAAAGUCUAGAAGAUACUCUGUCUGUGAACCAAGUUAAACAAGAACCCAAAGAGCCAACACUGUCUAUAGGAGCAAAAACUUUUCUGGACUCUAAAAAAGUAUCUGCUACAUAAAAAUUUUAAAGCUUUUCAGAAUUCACAGCUCUGGUCCCUUCUGAUGUCUUUGAAGGUGAAGAUUGCCAGGGUGUGGCAUGUCAAUCACUGGACCGGAACUGGAUGAUGGGCAGCUUUGACUUAAAACUUGAAUAUUUGUUGUCAAUUCUAUGCUUGUAUUUUCCUUGAGAAGUAUUUUACUUUAUUUUGUAUUCCUUUUUUUUAUUAUCCAGUAACACAAGUGUUUCAGAAGAUCAUCUGAACUUCACAGUAAUUUAGUAUGAACACAAAUACCCAAUGUUGGUUCUUACAAAAUAAAAAAAGCCAACAAUAAGCCAGGCAGUAGUGGUGUAUGCCUUUAAUCCUAGCACUUGGGAGGCAGAGGCAGAUGGAUCUCUUUGAGUUUGAGACCAGCCUGAUCUACAGAGCUAGUUCCAGGACAGCCAGAGCUAUCUCGAAACCUGGCACCCCCUCCCCAAAAAAAAGGCCAACAAUAAAAGCAGUGUGUGAGUGCAUGUGUAGGUGUGUCAGAAAAUUUAGAAUUGUGAGAAGAGUUUUGAUUAGCCAACAGGUGAGAGAAUGUUUGUCAUCUGUUGUAUUUGGAAAGAUAGAGCAAUAAAUUUAUAUGGUAACACUGAGUCUCCAAUCACAUCCCUAUAGAUUUACAUGGUAGCACAGAUUCGCCAGUCACAUCCCUAGAUGCUGGCUGUUUCCUCAGUCUAUUCUCUAGGCUUUAUACCUUUAACUGUAAAUGAAUGCUACUCAUGGUCAUCUGUCAGAAAUUUCAAUGACUUGGAAAGUAUUGAAAAGUUUAGGGGCUGGAGAGAUGGCUCAGAGGUUAAGAGCACUGACUGCUUUUCCAGAGGUCAUGAGUUCAAUUCCCAGCAACCACAUGGUGGCUCACAACCAUCUGUAGCGAGAUCUGGUGCCCUCUUCUGAUGUGUACAUGGAGGCAAGGUGUUGUAUUCAUAAUAAAUAAAUAAAUCUUUUUUAAAAAUCUAUUUUAAAAAAAGUUUAAGUUGAAUAACACAAAUAAAUGUAUUUUAUAUGGGAUUAGAGGUAAAUCUUAGCUUAGGAAUAGAAAGAAGGAAAAUUCAGAGAAUGGGGAAAAAUGUUAUAAUUCCCCACUGUUUACAGAUCAUUUGGGGGAACUUGGUGGUAGCAAAAUUUUUGUUGUUUUUUAAAGAUUCAGUGUUUGGCUAGAAAAUAAAUAACAUUUACAUUUUUUUCUAUACUGGAGGUCUUAUUGAAUUGAUAGUAUUGAAAUUUAUAUAUUUCAAGGUAAGUAUUAUAUAGUUUAAAAUUUAGUUCAUAUUUGAAACUUAAAAAGUCUGAACUGAUAUUUGGCUCAUUAAAUAAGUAUAUUUAUACCUAGUCCCAAAUAACUAGCAAUCAGUAUGUUCAUUAUACAUUGUAAGCUUUUUUUAAAAUGGAAAGCUCGAAUAGUUAGAAAUUUCAAAUAUAACUGUCAUGACAUUAACCUAGCUAAAUGUAGUAGUGCAUACUUGUAAUUCCAGUACUUAAGAGGUAGAGACAUUGGAUUGUAAAUUCAAGUCUAGCCUGGGCAAGACCCUACUAAGAAAGAAAGAAGGAAUCACCUAGAACAUUUUUUUUCUGGAGACUCAUUUAUGAGUAUAUUUAAAUUUUAAUUUUUUAAAAAAUAAGAAUUUCAAGUGAAUAUUAAAGUUUAAUAUUAAAGCAUGAACAAUAUAAUAUGAAAUUUGACCUCAAUACUUCACAUGGCUAUCCAUUACUUUUGACUUUUCUAAGUCCAAUCUCCCAUUCUUACUCAACUGUGCUUUAGGUCCAUGACCUGUAUCUAAGUAUAAAACACUGUUAUUUUAGAAUAGGUGAAACUCAAAAACUCAUCAUUUCUACAUCUAUAUCCUAGUCAGUGUAAAGUUUAUUAUUUAUCUUAUUCAAUGCAAAUUUCAUUUCUAAUUAUAUGUAUAAUUUUUAGUAAGAACUGCUUGUCCUUAAGAACUGAGGCAGUCUGCUAAAUCUGAACAUGUUGUACUAAGUUCAACUUCAAAACCCCAGUUCCCUUAGUCUGUGUGUACGUAAGAGGAAUGGGAUCAAAUUAGUAUGUACUUUGAAUUGUAUUACAGGUGAUAAUCUUUUGUUAUCCUUGUUAUAGAAACUGUUUUUCAAGAAUUAAUAGGUUUUCACCUUCCAAUUAAUAUAUAAUGAUUAAGGUUUAUUAUUACAUAUUUCAUUCAUUGAGUUGUAUUCUUAGGGAGAUAGUCCUUUUUGAUGGUGAGUUACUAAGGAGAAAUGCUUGUUAAGAAAUAAACUAGCCAGUUUCCUGUGAGGAUGAGAAAUAGCAGAGGAUUCAGUGUUUAAUGUGUAAUCAGGAACAAACAGUUUAAAUAGAUUUCUAGCCCGGCAGUGGUGGCUCACACCUUUAAUCUCAGCACUCAGAGUGCUGUCAGUUCGAGGUGGGUCUCUGUGAGUUCGAGGCCUGGUUUACAUAGUGAGUCCCAGGAACCCUGUCUUGAAAACAACAGCAACUGUGUGUGUGUGUGUGUGUGUGUGUUUCUGUCUCUUCAUCCUAGUAGUGGUGCACAAAGGCCAUCCUGGUCUACAUAGUUCCAUGACAGCUAGAGCUACAAAGUGAGAGCCUGUCUUGGAGAAAAAAAAAAAAAUAUAUAUAUAUAUAUAUAUGUAUAUAUAUAUUUCUGUCACUUCAUUUUGUAUGAAUGAGUCUUUUGUUAAUAUUUCUUAUCACGAGGACAGAAAGUUACAUAUAUAAUUCCCACAACAAAAACAAAACAGAAAACUGAACACUUAAAUACCUAGUUGUACGUUCUUGUUUUUAGAUAGAAACUAGAACUGUUAAUAUUUUUGUGUAUUUAAAUGAGUAGUUAUUUUAAAAUGGUGUCUAAAAGGAGUUUAAAAAUUCAUUUGUCUUCUAAACACAUGUCAGUGCUGACUAAAGGUGCUUACCAUCAGUUUUUGAGAACUGUGUUAACAUAUUUAAAUGUGUAAUUCUUUGUAAAUGUACCAGAUCUUAAAAACAAGUGUAUAAAAAGUCAGUAUCUAUAUUUGGAAUUCUCUUAACAACUCCACAGCAAAAUUUGACAAACGUUCUUUAGUUCUUGUAUUACAAGAUGUAGUAUCUGCAGUAGUAGGCUGGACAUUUAAAAUAAGCUGUUAGAAAUUCAUAAUCAGUGGUUGGCUUGUUUCUUUGUAGUUUUCAUGUUCCAAACUUGGAAGUAAACUUUGUAUAUACAGCAGUAGAUUACAGAUAAAGAGCUACAGCAGACUGUGCUCAGGAGCCAUUUUCUAUGUAAGCAGCUAGUGGACUUCGAAAGCUUUAACCUCUCAUGCAAAGUAACUGUUUCCUAGCCACCACAGGAGCAAUAGGAAACAUAAGCUUUGGGGUCUGGUCCUGCACUGACAUGCUUCAUCUCUAUAUCCUGUCAGGCUAUGUACUUAAUCAUGUGGGUAUGAGGCCGUGCUUACUUUAUACCAGGUUUGUAAAGAGAUUUUUAAAUGUGUGUAUAUAUUGUAACUUAAUGUACAGUGUUCUUGUUAUAUGUAAUUUUUAUAUUAAAAAUUCUGGUUUUGUUCUUA